CGGAUCUCACCUCCACUCCAACUCCCUAGACUUUCUUGCAGAAAUUAUAAGAGAAAUAAGGAGGCGGUGGGGAUUCCGAAAAGCUUAAUCUGCACCCGGGAAGGGCGAAAAUCCCUUCCACCGCAACUCAGUUCGAAAGUGAAGGUGUGUCGACAGUGAUGUCACAAGACUGACCACAUUGAUCACAACAUGGAGUCUGGAGAGCGGCUGCCAUCCUCACCAGCCUCCUCUGCUACAGCAACAUCAUCUGCUCCUUCUGUGGCUUCAGCAGUUUCCAAAAGCGGCCUUUGCGUGGGAGCCGCUUCACUGAGCUCUACGGUCAACCCAUGUGUUCUGGAAGCUGGGAAGUCCAAGAUGAAGGGGCCUCCCGACUCAGUGUCUGGACAUUUAUUCAGACCAGCUGGGGAUCAGCCGUUUAACCUGUCCACAGUGUCGAGUGCCUUCCCAAUGGUCAGCCACCCAGUCUUUGGUCUACAUUCAGCCAGCUCAGGGCAUUCAGAAUUUGGUGGUUUGGGGACACUUGGUACACCCACAGCCUUAGCCGCACAUCCCCAACUAACAUCUUUUCCAGGUGCAGAAUGGUGGCGAACCACAGACGUUCACGCUCGUGCGGGAGCGCCCUUCUUUCCACCGUUACUGGGAAUUCCGCCACUGUUUGCUCCUCCAGCCCAGAAUCACGAUUCUUCAUUCCAUUCAAGGACUUCUGGAAAGAGUAAUCGAAACGGUCCUGAGAAAGGUAUAAAUGGGUCAGUUAAUGGAAACAGUGCACCAUCUGUACUUGGUGUCAGUACAUCUGUACUGUCCACUCCGGCUUCAAGUUCCAUGGGACAGAAUCAAAGCACAAGCUCAGGUGGAGGAACCCUAAAAUGUCAUCAGGAACAAAGCAAAAGUCAGCCUUUGGAUGCCAGAGCCGACAAAAUCAAAGAUAAGUUCUUUCUCCAGAAACCUAGGAAGAAAGCUAUGGAAAGUUCUAGCAACAGUGAUAGCGAUUCAGGAACAUCAUCAGACACCUCAAGUGAAGGCAUUAGUAGUAGUGACUCAGAUGAUCUCGAGGAGGAAGAGGAAGAGGAUCAAAGUAUUGAGGAGAGUGAAGAGGAGGACUCUGACUCGGAGACUGAAGCACAACACAAAAGCAACAACCAGGUGCUACUACAUGGCAUUUCAGACCCAAAAGCAGAUGGACAGAAAGCAACAGAAAAAGCCCAGGAAAAAAGAAUACACCAGCCAUUACCUCUAGUGUCUGAAUCCCAGACUCACUCAUCAUUCCAAUCCCAGCAGAAGCAGCCUCAGGUUUCGUCACAGCAGCUUCCAUUUAUUUUCCAAAGCUCUCAGGCAAAGGAGGAAUCUGUGAACAAACACACCAGUGUAAUACAGUCUACGGGAUUGGUGGCCAAUGUGAAACCUUUGUCUUUGGUAAAUCAAGCCAAAAAGGAAACUUACAGGAAACUCAUAGUUCCUUCUCCUGAUGUACUUAAAGCAGGGAAUAAAAAUACCUCUGAAGAAUCUAGUUCUUUGACCAGUGAACUGCGAUCCAAACGGGAACAAUAUAAGCAGACAUUCCCAUCACAAGUAAAGAAGCAGGAGUCGUCGAAGAGCCUGAAGAAAGUUAUUGCAGCUUUGUCAGAUACAAAAGCAACCUCUAGUUCACCAGCACUUCCCAAACAACCAAUAGAAAACAACCACCCUAACCCAUUUUUGGCAAAUGCACUUUUAGGUAAUCACCAACCAAAUGGAGUUAUUCAAAGUGUCAUUCAAGAAGCUCCCUUAGCACUCACUACCAAAACUAAAAUGCAGAGUAAGAUGAGCGACAGUGUUGCCAGUAGCACCCCGUUUUCCUCACCUGUCAACCUGAGCACAGGAGGGAGAAGAGCUGCCAGUCAGACCCCUGUCCUGCCCUCUGCCUCUCCCCUACUGCACAGUCAAGGGAAGGAGAAAGUGAUGAGCAAUAACGCGACCCCGGUGAAAACACAGCAUCACCCCCAUCCCUCAAAGUCUUUGGUGGAACAGUUUCGAGGAACGGAUUCAGACAUUCCCAGUAGUAAAGACUCUGAAGAUUCAAAUGAGGAUGAAGAGGAAGAUGAUGAGGAAGAAGACGAAGAGGAUGAUGAAGAUGAUGAGUCUGAUGACAGUCAAUCAGAAUCAGAUAGUAAUUCAGAAUCAGAUACAGAAGGCUCAGAAGACGACGAUGAGAAAGACCAGGAAGAAUCAGAUAGUGACACUGAAGGAGAGAAAGCUGCCUCGAACCUGAACCAGACAACUUCCUCUGCCAAAAGCCCUCCCAUCAGUCUCACAGCUCACUCAACACCUCACAACCUGCACAUAGGAAGCGCCCCAGGCUCUGCUCCUGCUGCCCUGUGCUCUGAGUCCCAGUCUCCUGCUUUUCUUGGCACUUCUUCUUCCACACUCACUUCGAGUCCACACUCUGGUACAUCCAAGAGAAGAAGAGUGACAGAUGAACGUGAGCUGCGUGUCCCUCUGGAAUAUGGCUGGCCAAGAGAGACAAGGGUAAGAAACUUUGGUGGGCGCCUUCAAGGAGAAGUGGCAUAUUAUGCUCCAUGUGGGAAGAAACUUAGGCAGUACCCUGAAAUGAUGAAGGGAAUGCAGUGGUGUCUUUUGAAAGAAGAGGAUGUCAUUCCUCGUAUCAGGGCAAUGGAUGGCCGAAGGGGAAGACCAUCCAAUCCAGAUAGACCAAGAGCAAGAGAGGAAUCCAGGAUGAAACGCCGAAAGGGCCGCCCUCCCAAUGUCGGCAGUGCGGAAUUCCUAGAUAACACAGAUGCAAAAUUACUAAGGAAACUGCAGGCUCAAGAAAUAGCCAGACAAGCAGCACAAAUAAAGCUUUUGAGAAAACUUCAAAAGCAGGAGCAAGCACGGGUUGCCAAAGAAGCUAAAAAACAACAAGCAAUAAUGGCUGCUGAAGAGAAGCGGAAGCAGAAAGAACAGAUGAAGAUUAUGAAGCAGCAGGAAAAAAUUAAGAGAAUACAGCAAAUCAGAAUGGAAAAAGAACUCCGAGCUCAGCAAAUUCUUGAGGCUAAAAAGAAAAAGAAGGAAGAAGCGGCAAAUGCCAAAUUAUUGGAGGCCGAGAAACGAACAAAGGAAAAGGAACUGAGAAGACAGCAGGCCGUCCUUCUGAAGCACCAGGAGUUGGAGAGGCAUAGACUAGAUAUGGUAUGGGAACGGGAACGCAGGCGACAACAUAUGAUGCUUAUGAAAGCUAUGGAAGCUCGUAAGAAAGCAGAAGAAAAAGAGCGGUUGAAACAAGAGAAACGCGAUGAGAAGAGAUUGAAUAAGGAACGCAAACUAGAGCAGCGGAGAUUGGAAUUAGAAAUGGCAAAGGAACUGAAGAAACCUCAUGAAGAUAUGUGCUUGGCAGACCAAAAGCCCUUGCCAGAGUGGCCUCGCAUCCCGGGACUUGUCCUCUCUGGAACCACAUUUUCAGACUGUCUCAUGGUGGUACAGUUCUUACGAAACUUUGGUAAAGUUCUGGGCUUUGAUGUGAAUAUUGAUGUUCCCAACCUCAGUGUCCUUCAAGAGGGAUUGCUAAAUGUAGGGGACAGCAUGGGUGAAGUACAAGACUUGCUUGUGAGACUCCUCUCAGCUGCUGUGUGUGAUCCAGGUCUGAUUACAGGAUACAAGGCCAAAACCGCUCUGGGAGAGCAUUUGCUGAAUGUUGGCGUGAAUCGAGACAAUGUGUCCGAGGUUUUGCAGAUUUUCAUGGAAGCGCACUGUGGACAGACAGAGCUGACUGAGAGCCUGAAGACUAAAGCUUUUCAGGCUCAUACUCCAGCCCAGAAAGCUUCAGUCCUUGCCUUCCUCAUCAAUGAACUGGCGUGUAGCAAGAGCGUGGUGAGUGAGAUUGACAAGAACAUUGAGUAUAUGUCAAACUUGAGGAGAGAUAAAUGGGUAGUUGAAGGUAAACUCCGCAAGCUCAGGAUUAUUCAUGCUAAGAAAACAGGCAAGAGAGACAGUGCAGGGGGUAUUGAUCUUGGGGAAGAGCACCAUCCCUUGGGCACACCCACUCCAGGACGCAAGCGGAGAAGGAAGGGAGGAGACAGUGAUUAUGACGACGACGACGAUGAUGACAGUGAUGACCAAGCUGAUGAGGAUGAUGAAGAUGAAGAAGAUAAAGAUGACAAGAAAGGCAAGAAGGCCGAUAUCUGUGAAGAUGAGGAUGAAGGUGACCAGGCAGCAAGUGUUGAAGAGCUAGAAAAGCAGAUUGAAAAACUGAGCAAACAACAGAGCCAGUACAGGCGAAAGCUCUUUGAUGCUUCUCACUCAUUACGCUCGAUGAUGUUUGGUCAAGAUCGUUACCGACGCAGAUACUGGGUUCUUCCUCAGUGUGGAGGGAUUUUUGUAGAAGGCAUGGAAAGUGGUGAAGGCCUAGAAGAGAUUGCAAAGGAAAAAGAAAAGCUUAAAAAGGCAGAAAAUCUCCAGGUCAAAGAAGAAGUUUUUGAGACGCCUACGGACACCUUAAACUGUUCAGUUCCAGACCAUUGUGAGCAAAAGGACGACCUUAAAGAAAAAGAUAACACAAAUCUUUUUCUUCAGAAACCUGGCUCUUUCUCCAAGUUAAGCAAGCUUUUGGAAGUAGCUAAAAUGCCUCCUGACUCCGAUGUUAUGACCCCCCCAAAAGGGAAUGUUAGUACAAAUGGAUGCACAUUGUCUCAUCAGAAUGGCGGGAAGCAUUCACUGGGGAGCCUUCCCUUGGCAGCAGCACAGAGCAGCAUGGAAAAGACAGACACUGGUCUGUUUAGCACCGCCCCAGGUAGCUGUGGGAAGAUGUAUAGCCCUCUCCCCAACGACCAGUUGCUGAAAACACUGACUGAAAAGAACAGACAGUGGUUUAGCCUUUUGCCCAGAACACCUUGUGAUGACACCUCCCUGACGCAUGCUGACAUGUCCGCCGCUUUAGUAACUCCUUCGUCUCAGCCACCUUCUAAGUCGCCUUCACCUGCUCCCGCUCCGCUCCUUGGAUCAACUUCUGUUCAGAGCCCUGCUGGAUUGAAUCCAUUUGCAUUAUCUCCUCUUCAGGUGAAAAGUGGCGUGUCUAUGAUGGGACUUCAGUUCUGUGGGUGGCCUGCUGGUGUACUCACUUCCAAUGUCCCAUUUACAUCACCUUUGCCCUGUCUGGGCUCAGGGUUGGGACUGCCAGAAGGAAAUGGUAGUUCAUUCUUGGCCUCCAGUGUUGCUUCAAGUAAAAGUGAAUCUCCAGUCCCUCCACUAGAAAAGGCCUCCACAGCUCAGCCAACAGCUAUUGAAGUAGCAAAACCAGCAGAUUUCCCUAGUCCGAAACCUAUCCCAGAAGAAAUGCAGUUUGGUUGGUGGAGAAUUAUUGACCCAGAGGACCUAAAAACAUUGCUCAAAGUGCUGCAUCUCAGAGGAAUAAGGGAAAAGGCAUUACAAAAACAAAUACAGAAGCACUUGGAUUACAUUACUCAAGCCUGUAUCAAGAAUAAGGACGUUGCUAUUAUUGAAUUGAGUGAAAAUGAGGAAAAUCAGGUAACCCGAGAUAUCGUGGAAAACUGGUCGGUAGAGGAGCAAGCUAUGGAACUGGAUCUGAACAUUCUCCAGCAAGUAGAGGACCUGGAAAGGAGGGUAGCAUCAGCAAGUUUGCAAGUGAAGGGUUGGAUGUGUCCAGAGCCUGCGUCAGAAAGGGAGGACUUGGUAUAUUUUGAACAUAAGUCAUUUACUAAGCUGUACCAGGAGCAUGAUGGAGAACUCACUGGUGAAGAAGAAAACAGUGCACAUGCACUGUCACGGAAGAGUGACAACCCCCUAGAUAUAGCUGUAACCAGGCUGGCUGAUUUGGAGCGGAACAUUGAGAGAAGGUAUCUGAAGAGCCCCUUAAGUACCACCAUUCAGAUCAAACUGGAUAAUGUGGGCACAGUUACUGUCCCUGCUCCUGCACCAUCCAUUAGUGGUGAUGGUGACGGAGUUGAAGAGGAUAUUGCUCCAGGGCUCAGGGUCUGGAGAAGGGCGUUAGCGGAAGCUCGCAGUGCUGCUCAGGUAGCCCUGUGCAUCCAGCAGUUACAGAGAUCAAUAGCAUGGGAAAAAUCAAUUAUGAAAGUUUACUGCCAAAUCUGUCGAAAGGGAGAUAAUGAGGAACUGCUUCUACUCUGUGACGGUUGUGACAAAGGCUGCCACACCUACUGCCAUCGGCCCAAGAUUACAACUAUUCCAGAUGGGGACUGGUUUUGUCCUGCUUGCAUCGCUAAGGCAAGUGGUCAGACUAUAAAAAUAAAAAAAAUUCAUGUCAAAGGAAAAAAGACAAAUGAGUCUAAGAAAAGCCGGAAAGGGAAUGUUGCUGGGGACACUGAAGAUGAAGACUCCGCCUCCACAAGCAGCUCAUUAAAAAGAGGAAGCAAGGAUCUCAAAAAAAGGAAAAUGGAGGAAAACCUUUCCAUCAACUUGUCAAAAAUAGAAAGUGCUACUUCUGUUAAGAAGCCCAAGAAAGAUGACUCCAAGGACCUGGCUCUUUGCAGUGUGAUCCUGACUGAAAUGGAAACUCAUGAGGAUGCCUGGCCUUUUCUACUUCCUGUAAACUUGAAACUUGUACCUGGCUAUAAGAAAGUCAUUAAGAAGCCUAUGGAUUUUUCUACAAUCAGAGAAAAACUAAAUAAUGGACAGUAUACCAACUUUGAAACCUUUGCUCUAGAUGUCAGGCUUGUGUUUGACAACUGUGAAACAUUCAAUGAAGAUGACUCCGACAUAGGCAGAGCCGGCCACAGUAUGAGGAAGUACUUUGAAAAAAAGUGGACAGAUACCUUCAAAGUGAGCUGAAGUUAUAAUCUGCUUUUUCUCCUUUUCCCUUUAAAUAAGGACAAAUAAGACCAGCAAUGUGAACUGCAUUUACACAGAUGUGCAAGGCACAUACAUAUUAACUUUUUUCCUUGAAAUAAGUGUGUGUGUA